AUGUAUCAAGGUAAAUGCCAAAUCCCAAAUCCCAAAAUUACCACUCACAAAUCCAAGGGUAGCAUCCAUGCCGGUCUCCCCAAAGGCAAAGAAGAACUCGUCUAUGGCCUCAACACCUACAUAAUCGGCAACCAGACCAACCCACGCGCCAUCAUAGUAGUCGACUCCGAUGUCUUCGGGCUCAAUCUUCCCAACAACAAGCUCAUCGCCGACUCCUACGCCGCCAGCGGCGAGUAUCUUGUCUACAUGCCGGAUUUCUUCAAAGGAGAUCCCCUAGCGCUCAAAAUCGCCGACUUGCUCAUCCCCGUCGACGAGAAGAAACUCGGUACCUUUGCUAAGUACACGGGAUUGCUUGCUUCGGCACCGAGUUUUGCGGCGUGGUCGAUGCGACAUAAAGCUGGGCCUACAGAUGAGAUUGCUACUACAUUCCUGAGGGAGUUGAGGAAGGCGACGCCCGAGGGACGGAAGAUUGGGAUUGUGGGGAUGUGUUGGGGUGGGAGGUAUGCGAUUCGUUCCGGGUUAGAGAGUAAGAUGAUUGAGAUUGAGGGGAGGGGCAGGGUUCCGUUGGUUGAUGCUGUGGUUGCGUUACACCCGAGUAAUCUUGUUUUCCCGGAUGAUUUUGAUAAGUUGGUUGUGCCUGUGAGUUUUGGGUGGGGUGUCAAGGAUCAGUUGGUUAGUUAUGAGACGAAAGGGAAGGUGGAGGAUGUUUUGAAGAAGGAAACGGCGGCGGGGAGAAAGGUUCCCGAGAUGCAACAUGUAAGCUAUGAGCCUGGGCGUCAUGGGUUCUCAGUUCGAGGAAAUCCAGACGAUCCUGCAGAGAGGAAGAUCUUGGAAGACACGGUGACGCAGGUGUUGGAUUGGUUUAAGAAAUGGCUUUGA